AUGUCGGCUAUGCGGCAGGAUAUCGUGGCAGCUCUUCUGCAUUCCUUGAAUUUCCAUCCCACGAAAUUUUCACGCAGUCUGCCGUGUGUUCCGUCUCUCGAUUCUACCAAACCACUUCCCCAACUCUCGCAACCUCAAACCUCCUCGCAUUUCCAACACCACUUCACACCAUUCGUUCGUUUCCUGCGCUCGUCAUUAUCAACGACCUCUAUUCUUGAUCUCCGUACACCCGCAGCAUUCGGUCCUUUCAGUCGACACUCCGGCUACAACUUCACCUCCUUUGAGCAUCUUCCAUUCGCCGCACACCAUGCGAAUCCAGAUGAUGGAAAUGAUACCGGAAAUUCUGCUGGCCAAGUCGACUCCCCCAAAGGCACAGUCACGGUGACAGCCAAUGGUGGUGACAACUCCAAUGGCCUUCCUGCCGGACAGUCUUGUCUGAUGCAAGACACCACGACUGUUUUUGUCACUGUUUAUCCCACCAGCCCUGUUUCUACCGGCAAUGAGUCUCCUGAAAACACUGCUGCAAUCUCUGGUGCUUCUUGGGUCACUGAUGGGGCUCCAACUCGAACAAUCCGCGUUUCUCCCUUGAAUUCUGCCCAGAGCAAUCAGCCAACCGUCCAGGCAUUCACUACUAUUACCAUUUCUGAUCUCUGGGUCGAUGGUUCUGGUUCUGGAAACAACCCCACUUCAUCGGAUGUCUCUGACUCUGACUCUGCCCCCGUCACCACCACCUCUUCUGAUUCUCAUGGCUCGUCUCCCGCGGGCUCCAACGCUUAUGGGACUCCUGCUCCGACUUCUGCUGCCAGCCCUGCUGAAACUAAUGGAAGCGAGAACGGUGAUGGUUCUACCCAGGUUUCUGGGCAAAACGUCCCACCGAACUCAGAUUACAACACUGGCAACGCUGGUCAAGUAACUGCCAACCCAAGCGGUGCCAACAGAGGAAGUGCGGUGCAGCCGUCAAAUCUGUACACAGUUGUCACGGAUACAAAUGUUGAAUGGGUUACUGGCUCUGGAGGGAGUCCAAGUCCUGUCACUAUCAUCUCUGAACACACCAUCACUCUCUCAACUGCAGCAGCUGAAGUGGCUUCUGGUGCCGGGCCGGCAGUGACCUGCUGGACCAUCACGGGCUCAGAUGGCAAAGAAACUGUGAUCGAAUCGACACUUAAGACUAACCAAGGCAAUGGUGGCUCACCAACUGGUACAUCCGCGGCCAUCACUGGUCCUGAAGGCGGCAUUUCCCAGCAAGCUGUCACUACUGAUGUUGAGCCACAAACUCCAGUGACUACCAUCACAGCGGUUGGAGCCACUCCUGUCUACACCGGACCUGGUGUGACCACUUCCACUGCACUCACAAUCCUUGGUCCUGACGGAGUGGCAACCGUUAUUCAUUCCACCUGGGUCAUUGGAACAGCUCCUGUCACUGGUGCUUCCUCCGCGCUGCCUGUGGGGACCUCCGUCUCUCCUGGGGCUACUCAAGGGGCUUCAAACGGACAGGACAUUACCAGCUGCACCAGUUACACAGUUAUUGGAGCUGACGGUCGACCGACUGUCAUCGAGUCAACAUUGGUGAUUCCUGCAUCUGUAGUCUUGGCUACAGACUUGCCUCAGGGCCUUCCAAAUGGCAUCUCUGUCCAGGGAACUGUCCUGCCUGUGUCACAAGCAACGUUGUCUGGCCCGCCUGGAGCUAUCACGACAUGCUCAUCCUACACCAUCAUUGGAGCCGAUGGCAAGCUCACUGUCGUUGAAACCAGUUUCCUCAUUCCUGGUCCCGCAGCUACACCUGUUGCUACUGCAGCCCCGUCUGGAAUUGUCUCGGGUGUUCCAGGCCAAAUCACCGCAGCCCCUGGGCAGGUUGUACCUGCUGGUAUGACACCCUUGGGUCUGACUACUUGCGUCACGUACACAGUGAUUGGAACGAAUGGCCUUCCCACUGUCCUUGAGUCCACGGUUGUCAUGCCUAACAGCAAUGCUCUGCCUACCAGUACCGGCGUUGGGCUCCCCUCAAUUGUCCCUGAGGACCAAGUUGGCGCGCUCCCUCAAGGUAUUUCAGUUCCAGCUCAAGUUGGUCAAGGCUACACUACUUGUAUCACUGUUGAUAUCCUUGGUCCCAAUGGUGUUGCCACUCCUGUCGUUGAAACGGUAGUUCUCACUCCACAGUCAUCUGGGCUUCACGGCGCUACUGCUGCUGUUACCACAGUCGGAUUUCCCUCCAUUGUGCCUCAGGGUCUGAGUGAUCUCCCUCAAGGUAUCACUCCUUCUGGGACUGCUAUUGCAAGCCCGAUCACCACCGCUGUCACAUUCACCGUUGUCGGACCAAACGGAGCUGCCUCUCCCGUCGUUCAGACAAUUGUCAUUACCCCAGCACCACAGGCACCAACGCCUGUCGUCUCAAGUCCUCAGACGGUGCCUGUUGGUGGUUCUGCUCUGUCGCCAGGUUUGGAAGCAUACGGAUCUGAAUCCCACAUUGCACCAACUGUUGUUUCUCCGCCGGUUGUGAACUCUGCUGUUGCUGGUUUACCUGCUGGAACUGAUGUCGCCCCGAAGUCUCCGGCCCUGACCAUUGUCACUGGCCCAGGUGGCAUUCCUGUCCUGUCUGUUAUUUCUGCGGCGCCUCUGUCGGUCUAUGGAAAUCCUGGAAGUUCUGACAACAAGGACUUGCCUGCAUCUGGCCCCGUCCCACAAGGCAGCCUAGGGGGUUAUGGUUGGCAACCGGCUGCUUCCUCGCCUGCUGGGUAUGGUGGCCUUUCAUCUCUGUUCAAUCCUCAAGCUGGACCUGUGGCGACCUUCCUCCAGACCAGCACUUGGGUCAAUGUCAUCCCCGAGCCAACCACGACAUACACAUUGAACUUUCCCUUGACUACUCUUACCACUGUCACUGUGCCAGCCAAAGUGACUGCUGCGAAGCGCCUUGUUCAAAACCAGCGCCGAGUUAUCCUAGGAGAUGCGGGCUGGGCAAACUCGACGUCUGUCCACCCCGUGCCCUUGACAGAUGUUCCGACAUUGGCUCCUCCUGCGACGGAUCCUACUCCUGAGCCACCAGUCUCAAGCACCGUCGCCGCCAUUCCUCUCAUGUGCCCUGCCGGAAGCAAAGUAGGCAACACCACAAUAAAUUUUGAUGCCUCCAGACCUGGUCCUCUGUUCAACCCUGACGGAGACUUCUGGUUCUCGGAGGGAUUCAUUGUGGCGCCUCUGUCACCACAAGCCGCUCAAGGAUAUCUGCCUUCUUCCGGAGGACAGCUUGUGGAGUUUGUCCCGCCAGCUAUCACCGGACCUCAAUCAGCUGGUAGUGCCGACACUGCUGAGAUUGGUGUUGGACCCAACUCUCCCAACUCCUGCUUCCGCUUCAAUCUCUAUGGCGCAAACCUGGGAUGUGCUGCUCAAGCCGCUGAACAGUGGUGUGAGUUCGAAGUCUCAGCGUACACCUACAAUCAGGCAGUGUCCAAUGAGAUGUCCAUUGCAUGGUCCGAAGUAAAGCGCGUUCCCGCUUGCCAAAGCUUCCCCAAUUCUCCAUGCCAGCUGACCCCCGUCACAUUCGACGGAUACCAGAACAUCACAUCUGUACUGAUGCACCUUCGCGUUGGACUUGAACUUCGCACAUGGUGGGCCGAUGACUUGCAACUCGGCUGGACUGACAAUACUUGUGAGGCUGCUCAAUGCCGACAGGGGGCGCCACCUCAACAGGCCAAGCGAGAGGUCUUUGAGUCUGCCCUUCGACGUGGCAUUUGGCGUUGGACUCCAGUGGGCUUGGAGAGACUGGGAGAUGAGUAUGUUUGGGACUCUUUGAACUAA